GGAAGUAGUGACGAUUCGCCCAAGACAAAUUAUAGACAAGGCGGCCGCUAUUGGGGACGUACAGAAAUACAUGGCGAAACGGGCAGACGGUAGGCGGCAGGCGCGGGCGCCGACCGGCCACACAAACUAAAAUUACCCGCCGGGGAUCGAGUGACGUGACAACAGUGAUCUAUUAGUUGGUGAUGUGUCGAAAUGUUCAAGUGAUUUCCAACAAAAUGCGCCAGAACUGAAGGUGCAAGGAAGCGAUUUAUAGCUGAAGUCCUCCAAAAUGAAUCCACCGCCAGCUUUGUUCAGCGCUAUGGGUAGGGAGCGAAAGCCUUUCACCUAUACGCCAGGAGGGCUCGAUCUUUCAGAAAUCAAAUCUGAACGUAUGGCACAAAGACUGAUGAGGAAUGCAAUGAAUCAAGGAGUGCCGGAAACGCCAGCAAAUUCCUUAAAGUCUCCACCGGCUACAGGAAUUCCGACAGCUAUUCCAAACUUCAAUUGUUUACCAGUGCAAGUGUUUCCUUCAUUUCAACUUCCAGCCAAUCCAAAGUCCUUACUUAGGACAAGAAGUAACCCGGAUGGAUCAAGAGAAACGCAAAAACCAUAUCGUCCAAUCAAUGAAAAUAUAGAAUCAAAUGUAAACAAACAUGAUAUUAAUAGAUUCAGUUAUCCAAAUGGCCAUGAAAGAUUUGAGACAAAUUCCAUGCAUCCAAAACAAAAUACAGCUGACAAUUAUUGCACUUUACCAAAGACAAACUUGAAUAGUAUAUGUAAAGAUGCAAUAAUAUACGAGAAGCCAUAUACAUUUGAAAACAAUGAUUGUGACAUAAAAGACACUGUACAACAAGAGAGUAAUAUACUAGCAUUUAGAAAUGGUGAAAAUAUAAAAAGUGAUUUAAUUGAUUAUAAUACAAUCAAUAGUGAACAAAAUGCAAACAAAGAAGAAAAUAAUUUCGGUGACACCUCUGAAAAUGAAAAACAACAGGAGGAGACAACAGUAACUAAAUCCAGCACAAAAACAGAAAAUGAGGUACACAGCCAAAAUGGAGACACGGAAACCGCUAUUGUAGUGAAAUUGCCUACCAAGAAAUCUGCAGCCAAAACAGAAACAAAAGUUGAAGUUGUACAAAAAACUUUACCAGAUGGUUCUGUACAAGAAAUAAAAACUACAACUACGCGAACAACAGUUGACGGAAAGACAGAAAUUGCAACAAAAACUGAGACAAAAACAAUUUCAAAGGAAGAGACUGAUGAGGAAACUUACGAAGAAGAAGAAGAAGAAAUCGAAGAUGAAAAAAAAUCAACAACAGAAAACGAAACUGUAGUUAAAGAAACAACAAAACAAAAUGGAGAAAUUAUCAAACAAGAAGAAAAAUCUGAAACAAGUACCACUACUACCAAAAAAGUAGUAGUAAUACAAUCCGAUGCCCAAGAAUCUGAAGAAGAAGCUGAAGAAGUUGAAGAAGAGGAAGAAGUUGAAGAAGAAGAGGAAGAAGUUGAUCAAAACGUAGAAGAAGUUGUUGUUAUUAAGAAACAGGAUACUACAAAGAGUGUGUCUGACGAUUCUGAAGAGAAAGAAAGUAAAAAAGAAGAGGUUCAAAAUGAAGUAGAUAAUCAGUCAGAAGAAGAGUGUGAAGUUGAGGAAGAGGACCAGAAAGUUAAUGACAUCGAGUUAAAGGAUAAACAUUUGUCUGGAGAGGAAGAUGAAGAAGAAGAAAAGGACGAAAACGAGGGAAAAUGUGAAAAUGCCGAAGUUGAAAAUGUUGAGGAGGAAAAUAAAGAACCAGCCAAUUCUAGCGAUGAUAUAAAUAAAGAGGUUACGGACACAGCUGAUCAAAAUACAACCACUACCACUUCCAGUAAUAAUGUGGAAGAAACAGUAAAAAUUGAGACAAAGUCAGAAGAAAUAAUUAUUCCCAUUAAGACUGAAUCCAAACCAAUACGCACUGAAGUACUAAGAGAACCUAAUGUCCCACUAGAAAAAGUUGAGGAAGUAGAUAUUAAACCAAUUGGUGCCCCUGCACAAGAAAUAAUAACAAAAUCCACUAAAGAAAUUAUUUCCACUACAACUGACAAUCCCUCAGCACAUAGUACUGAAACUAAGUAUAAUGUAAUAGAAAAUAUUGUAACUGUUAACCGAACAACUAAAACAUUAGACCAGGCUUAUGAGCUACCUGGAGAAUAUACAAUCCCAGUCGUAAAAACUUCUCUUAUUCCUGAACGUUCUGGAAUUUUGCCACCACCGCCUCCAAUAUUCAACAGAACAUACCAAACUAGUUAUUCCAAAGAACCAACAACAGAAAGGCGCCAUAGUUUGCUGUUAGAAAGACUUAGCGUGGAACGUCAACUGCCUACUUCAAAUAUUUACCAAACUGAUAAUACUUAUACCAACCAUACCUAUGACGCUGGGCAACUGGGUGGUGAGCCACAGUCGGAAAUCGUUAUCGAAAACAAUGUAAAACCGAGUAUGGUAAACAAAAAUCAACAAUGGUAUUCAAGAAAGGAUAGCUACGAUUACGCUACAACUGGAAGCUCAAUACCAAGCCAACAAUGGAAUCAACCCCAAACACAACCAAAACCACAGACACCAACUCAGUAUCAACCUCAACCUCAAUACCAAUCUCAACCGCAAUCACAGUUUCAAUCUCAACCGCAGUAUCAACCACAAUCACAGGCACAGUACCACUCACAAUACGAGUAUACACCUCAAGGUCAAAGUUACCAUCAGUCUAUUAAUCAACAAACACAGUAUUCACCUCAGCCUCAAUCACAACCUGCAUUUAACGACACUUACAAGUCAUCCGUUCAAAACAAUUACAGCCAAAACACCUACUCAUCUUACACUCCUAAGCCAAGCUGGGUUAAUAGCACCGUAGAUCCUAAGCCUACAUCACUAUCAAAUCAGUAUUCAUAUGACUCAGAAUCGUAUCAAAAGUCAACACAAAAUCAAAACUCCUACGUACCACCUCCUUGGGAGCAAGAUUCUGGUUACCCUAAUAACUUCAGUCAGAACACUUAUCAGCCCCAAACUCCAACAACACCUCUUCCUAAGCCAACACCAUCAUGGAAAGCACCGACCAAUAAGUUUUCAAAGCCCAAAACGUCGUACGUACCACCUGCACCUAAUCAAUCGUUCGUAAAGCCAGUAUCCGCCACUGAUCCCCCCAAAAUAUCUGGUCGUAAAACAUAUUACAGCGAAUAUGAAAGACGGUACAUCACCGUGCCGGAAUCGACUUAUAUCCCUACUGAAACCAAGUUCCAAGCUCAGCCUGAUGCUUCCCCCAAAUACUAUUACGAUCAGAAUGAGCCCACAGAAACCGUAGAACCACAAUGGCGUAAGGAAUUGAGAGAGUUCACUGAGAAAACUCAAACUAGCUCACACACCACAGAGACGUCCGUUCGUCCUCCUUGGGAGGAGGAUCCGAAAUAUGUGACUUCCUCCGAACAGACAAACACGAGGACUUGGAGCCAAACAUUGAGGCCGCGUUCCUUCAGGGAAAGAAGUAUUGAAUCUGACUACACAACAACAACAGCAAAGGAAUGGUCGAAAUCUAACAGCCUGGGCCGCGGCAGACCUCAAAGCUCCUACGUGAACAACUUGAAGAGGAUCCCGGAAAGAACCAGGGGAGUUUCCGUAGACAGAUACAAUCCAAAUGUGUACCAGUCUCCAAUUAUGGGAGAGCAUCCGCCAGUCCAGAGCCAGACCUUGGACCCAACGAUUCACCCCAAGCCUCACUACCAACACAACCCGAAUGUACCAGCAUACCAUAACCGUGCUUCUGCUGAACCUAGAGAGCAACCAGCGUACAGACAGCCGAAAUGGGACUCGCACGCCCCGCCAGUCCAGUCCAGGUCCUUCAAAUACCUCCAAUGGAUCACAGGAACCGAAGAUUAGACGAAAUCGAAAUUUUAAUCUCGAAAAUUGGCAAUCUAUUAAUUUAAUGUGAUAUUCUACUUACUAACCUAGUCAAUGUUGUUCUCUCUAGUCGCAGCAUACUGAUGCAUUUCUGUUACAUUUUUAUUACGUAGUUUAUUUUUAACUCUAUUAUCACUCAAGGUCGUAAUAAAGUCGUUUUGAAUUUGGAAUUCAAUAUUGUUUUUUCUUAACUGCCAGUUGUAAAUAUUAUGACGGGAGGAUCGAAAUUCAAAUUUGGACCUGAUUUUGAGUGAUGCAACCUCUUUUCGUUUAUUGUAUCAAGUGUAGUGUGGAUCAUAACGUGUUUUUGUCAUGAAAACAUUUUUUAUGUUCACAUCUCUACCCGUUAGUUUUAGUUCUAAACAUAAUAAUAUUCUUAUUAACAUGUCAAUACUUAUACAUAUAGAUAGAGUUUAUUCCGAAAUACACUCCAGCGAUUAAGUAAGAAAUUAUUAUACCAUAUUUAUUUAUAUCAAUUAUACAAAAUAUAAUAACGGGCACACUACACA